AUGAUUGUUAAAAUUAAUGUUGUCCAAAUAUGUAUCUCAGAAUUAUCUAUUCUGUUUUAUAUCCAUUCUAAAAUUUAUCUAUUAUCUAUUAUCUAUCUAUCUAUCACACAUCGCAAAGUAUCACAUUUUCAUCUAUUCGUCACAUUUUCUUCAAUAAAAAUCUAUCAAUCAUUAUCUAUCUAUCUAUCAAAAUCUUUUCAUAUCUAUCUAUCAUUUUUUAAUAUUUAUCUAUCUUCUAUCUAUCUAUCUAUCUAUCUUUUUAUUCAAUCUAUCUUUCUAUUGUAUCUAUCAUAUCUAAUCGAAAAAGAUUCAUUGGUCUUCAUAUUAUUAUCUAUCUAUCUAUCUAUCUAUUAUCUAUCUAUCUAUCCAUGCCUUUCUUUUUCUAUCUAUCUAUCUAUCUAUCUAUCUAUCUAUCUAUCUAUCUAUCUAUCUAUCUAUCUAUCUCUUUUCAAAAUCUAUCUAUCUAUCUAUCUAUCUAUCUAUCUAUUCUUUCUAUUAAAGCCUUUAUUUCCUUUCUCUCUCUAUUUUUCCAUUCUAUCUAUCUAUCUAUCUAUCUAUCUAUCUAUCUGUAAAUUUCUUUCUUUCUUUCAAUCCAAAUCUCUUCGUAUCUUUCUUUGUACUGGUGCCUUUCUUUCUACUUCUUUUCUCUCUCUCUCUCUCUCUCUCUCUCUCUCUCUAUCUAUCUAUCUAUCUAUCUCUUCGAAGAAUGCAAAGACAAGUACAAAUUAUAGACGAAAUGGGGAGGGGGGUGAAACAUGGCAGUUAUAA